GGUUAGCAAGCAUUCUAGCAGCAAUAUCAAACUGCCUGGGAAUACAAAAGCUGUCUGUCAAAACUAUUUUUAUUUGCACAUAGGUCUGCUGAUUUCUGUUUUAUAGCUCAGCUCGGCACAGUGAUUUUUUUUAAAGAAAAUUCAAUAAACUAUAUUAAGGAGCCUGUGAAGCUAUUUUUUGAACUGGAGUUAUGGGUGAUUUAGCUAUUCUUAACACCGGUGGGGCCAUGUUUCAAAGGCUGCUUAAAUCUUUUUCAAGUCCUGGUUCAAGCAUAAAACCAUUAAAAAAUCAGAUAUAUGAAGAUUUAAAGAAUACUGCUCGUGAAUCAGGACAGCUAUUUGAAGAUCCUGAAUUUCCUGCACAGGAUUCUUCAUUAUUUUAUAGUCGUGCCGGUCAAGUUCAGGGCCAUGUUGAGUGGAAACGUCCUAAGGACAUUCACAGCAAUCCAAAAUUAUUUGUUGAUGGAGCUUGUAGUUGUGAUGUUAUUCAAGGAAGUUUAGGAAACUGUUGGUUUGUUGCAGCCUGUUCAUCUCUUGCUCAAGAGAAAGAAUUGUGGUAUAAGGUUAUUCCUGAUGCUGAAGAACAAGAAUGGGAUGAUGAACAGCCUGAAAAUUAUGCUGGAAUCUUCCAUUUUAGAUUUUGGUUAUUUGAUGGAUGGUAUGAUGUUGUAAUAGAUGAUAGGCUUCCAACUAUUGGUGGAGAGUUGAUAUACAUUAAAUCAAGAGAUAAAAAUGAAUUCUGGGGUGCCCUUUUGGAGAAGGCUUAUGCCAAGGUAGCGGGAUCAUAUGAGUCUCUUGAUGGUGGUAAUUUGUGUGAUGCUUUGAUUGAUUUUACUGGGGGAAUAGCUGAAACAUUUCAACUUCAAGAAGAGAAAUAUUAUGAAGAUGAAGAAAAGAAAGUGCAACUUUUUCGAACAAUGAGAUCUGAAAUCGAAAACCAUUCAUUAUUAAGUUGUGCUAUAUCUGCUGCUUCACAAGAAGAAAUGGAAGCAAGAACUGAAGUGGGUCUUGUUAAAGGUCAUGCCUAUGGCAUCACAGCUGUUAAAAAAGUCUACAUUGGGGAAACAUCAUUGAUGUCCCUUUUUGCACAAAAGGAAAAGAUAUACAUGAUAAGAAUGAGAAAUCCUUGGGGACAAAAAGAGUGGACAGGACCUUUUAGUGAUGGAUCUGAAGAGUGGCAAAAAAUAUCGGCAAGUGAAAGAGAAAGAAUCGGCUUGACUUUUGAUGAAGAUGGUGAAUUUUGGAUGAUCUUUGACGAUUUUUGCAAAUAUUUCACUGACAUGUCAAUUUGCCGUCUCGUAAAUACCUCUUGGUUUAGUUUCAAUAAAACAUGGAGUGAAUCAUUUUUUUCUGGAAAAUGGACUACUGGACCUAAAAAUUCUGAAACUGAUAGAGCAGGUGGAUGCUAUAAUCAUCGUGAUACUUUUCUGCAUAACCCCCAGUUUCGAUUUGAUGUUGAAGCUGAGGAUGACACUGCUAUGAUUUUCUUAAUGCAAAGAGAUAGAAGAGCCCUUCGGAGCAAAGGCAUCAAUCACUUGGUUAUGGGUUUUCAUGUUAUGAAGGUUGAAGCUAAUCGUCGCUACCGUUUGCAUUCUAUUAAAGAAAAAGCUGGUGGAUCAGAAUAUGCCAUGUCUAGAAAUGUAUUUCAACGAUGUCUCUUGAAACCUGGCCGCUAUGUUGUUGUACCUACAACGUUUGACCCAAAUGAAGAAGGAGAAUUCCUCCUUAGAAUAUUCACUAAGCGAAAUAAUAACGGAAAAGAAAUGACACACGAUGUACCUACUCAAAGUAUGUGGCCUUGCAUGUCCUAUCCUUGCCUUGUUACUAAAGUUUUCGUUAAAGGAGCUGCUGAUUUAGAAAAACAAGAUCGAUUUGGAAGUGCUGAUCCAUAUUGUGUUGUAAAAUGUGAAGGAGAAAGAGUUAAGUCUCCUGUUUGUCACGAAACAUUAAAUCCUGAAUGGAAUUUAACUGCCCUUUUUUAUCGUAAACAAGCUGAUUCCCAAGUCAAAAUUCAAAUCUGGAAUAGUAAUGUUGUGAUGGAUACUUGCCUAGGGAAAACUUCUGUUGAAGCACCUUUGAAUCCAGAACCUGUGCUUAAAGAAGUAGAGUUGUAUGGUCGAUUGCAAGAGAAAGAUGUUAAAAAACCUGGAGUUGUGACUAUUGAAAUUAUGACCUCUGAUGACCUUUUGGCCUUUUGAAUAUUCUUUAUGUAGAAGCUUCUGUGCAAUUUUCGACUGCUUCACUUGCUCAAUAUUCAUUGAUCUUUUGCAUUUUUCUGUCAUUAUCUUGCAUAGAAUUCAGGUCAUUACUGUUUAUUCAAAAAUAGACCAUGUAAAUAGUUAAGUGUGUUUUGAUAUUUUUGACAAUCUUUGGUGCUUAUUUUAUAUAUAUUUUUCUUAAGCAUUGUAUAUAUUUUUAAAAAUAAAAAGUAUUUUAUAUGAGGUGCAAGCAUUUAAAGCAAAAUUUAUAUUUCGUUGCAAAGUGUUCAUUUGCUUGUGACAUUUUUUGUCUUGGAGAUUUAGUAGUAUAUUUAACUUUGUGUGAUUCAUAAUUUUUAAUGAAAAGUUAAGAGCUCUUUUAACUUUUAUUUUUGUUCUUUAUCUUUAUUAUCUAUUUUAAUGUGCAAUUAAGUAUUGCUAUGUUCUAAAAUUGGUUUUAGGUGCUUGUUUACUAGUCAAAAUCAAAAUCUAUUUUUUUUUUCAAUUCAGAAGUUGAUGCACAAAUUUAUGAAUAAAUAACAUUCAAAAUACUUAAUUGAAUCAAAGUGUUUUUUGUGAAAUAAAUUUCAGAUACUUAAGAAUUUCAAAACGCUAUGCAUAUUCAAGUGAAGAAGGACUUAAAUUUGUGCUAUAUAUCAUUAAAGCUAAAGGACAUGAAAAAACACUUCAUUCUUUGUAUUUUUUCAUGUUGUUUAGAAUUAUAUGCAUGCUCAGCUGCCAACUUUUAUGGAGGUUGGGAAAGAUUUUUCAAAAUAGUGGUAUAAAAAUACUUUAAGUAUUGAAAAUUUUCUAAAAAUUAAGGUUUCUUAACAACCCCUUAAAAGUCGCAUUAUUUUGAAGAAAACAGUCAUAAAGUGUAUAUUUUUUUUAUUCAAGGAAAUUAUAUAAAACAAAGUGCAUGUACAACAUUUGUAUUCAUUUUUAUUUUGGGAUCUAUCGUAGAUAUACAUGUUUGAUUAAUGCUUAUAUCUAGCUUAAAAUAAACUAUCUCUAAAUCCAUUACAAAUAGUCUGGUAUUGCUAUCGGGCAUAUAGAUUGAGAAAGAAACUCAAUUCCAGGUAUAAGAAAUAGAUUGUUUUAAUCUUUUUUAUGCAUUACUUUGGAGCACUCCAGCCUGGAAAUAUCAUGAGCUCAAGAAAUAAAAGUUGUAACUUCACCCCAUCAUUUUGAUAAGAGUAAGAAGAAAGGAAUUUAAAAGUAUUAUUGUCCAAUUUAUGUCUUAUAUAUAUAGAUUUUAAUUAUUGAUUUGAGUUAUUGAUUUGAAUUAUUGAUUUUGGAGUUAACUUUUAAAUUUAAGAUUUAAACAUUAAAAUAUUAAUGCUGUUACAACUUGAAAAGUUUUUCUCAAUGACCCAAAAGUUGGGACCUGGGCACAAAAUGUGUUUGUGUAUGUUAUUCAUUUCUUUCUAUUCAUAAUUGAGUUUUCCAUUAGUUCAUUGAACAAUAUAUUCCUCAUUUACUAAACAGUUUUUUUUUUUACCAUUUUACUUAGUGCAAAUAGUAUUAUCCAUUCUAAAUAAUCAUGUAAUUUUUCAUCUGAGUUUUUUCACAUGAUUUGUAAAUGUUUAUUUGUGUAAUACAUUUUUACAUUUUAUCUUUUUUGUAUUAAUAUUUUUUUUUCACUAUAUAAUUGUUACAAAUUUUGAAAAAUGUUUAAAUAUGCCUUAUUAGAAAUUUCUAUUAAUUCUGUCUAAAUUUGAAACAAAUUUGAUUUAACAUUACAUAUAUAUUAGUAUUUUUUCAUAUAAUUUGCAUUUUACCUGCAUUUCAACAUAAUUAUUGCUAUAAGCAAACUGAAUCCUGUUCUAUCAAAUACAUCAUUUAAGUACUUGUAUUUCAUGCAUGUUUUUUUAGUUCUGUAGAUGAAUUUUAUUAGUUUUAUUGAGAACAAUUAGUUUUAGUUUAGUUUGUUUGUCACUUAACGGAACAUAAAGAAUUAACAUAAUAAAGGAAUUAACAUAAAAUAUUAACAAGUUGUUGCUUCAUGGGCCUAAUUAGUAGGAUUUAACGCAAACAUAUUUAUUAUAUAAUAUUUUCUUUUAUGAUCUACACAAGUAUAUUUACAUAGUUAAUAUAUACAGUGAAACCUCCAAGAAAGACCACCUCUAUGUAUCGACCUCUCUAUUUACGACCUUUUUUGGGAGGCAUGGAAUUUUUUCCAUAGACCUUGUGUUAAAGAAAACUUUUAUGAGAGACCAUCAAAACCUCUCCCAGCUACCUGGCAAACGUCUGCACCAAAUGCGGGAAAGGUCAAACAAGGAAACACAAAAAAUAUUAAAACAAAACUUUUUAACAAAACAAAUAAGUAGGUUAAAAUGUACUACAAAUAUUGCAUGAGUCUCCUAUUUAGAGAGCUCUUUUUGAUGAUCUCUGAAAGAGAUCUUCAACCUCAUGUUGUAGUCUGAGUGCCCUAUCAAUGAUUUAUUUUUAGAGUUGAAAGUUAAAUUGGAAAAAAAGUUUUUUUAGAAAAAACUGAGCAUCUCUAACAGAAGCUAACUAAUUUUUAUGAUAAAAAAUUGAAUGCAAACUUAAACAAAAAACGUAGUUUAUUUAUUUCAAAAAUUUCUCUCAUUCAUAAUUGGUAAAUUUAGUUAAAUGUUUUCACACAAUUAUAUCAGUAGGAAUUAUUUUUAUUGAUGCUAAAUUAUAUCCAUCGAUUCAGUAUUCAUGACGUCAACGCAAGUGGCAUUUCCACAACAAAAUUACAUUGACUGAAAUGAAAAUCAUUUGCGAAAAAUCAUGUACCUUCCAUAAUAUUUUGAAGUCAAUGAAGGUAAGCCCUAAGGACGACCAACCUCCAUUUACGACCGUUUUACUGUGGAACUGAGCGGUUGCUCCCAAGAGGUUUCACUGUAUAAUCUUGUUUUGUCCAGGUCAAUUUGAAAAUCACCAAAUGUGAGUCAUGUUCAUUAAAUGGCUUAUUACUUAUUGGCUAUAAAAUGUAUUAUGUUAUUUUUCUAUAUUUGAUAUAAUUGCUGUAGUAAUAUUUUAUCCUGGUUACAAAGAUUAUGUAAAAUAAGAGGGGAACACUGCAGUUAUUUUAUUUUAAAUAGAUUUGUUAAUUAGCAUUACAUGCUUAAUUACGGAGUUGAAAUUUUAAUCUAUUGUUUAGUUUUUUCUUAAAAUUGAUUUGGCACUCAAAUUUGUAUUUUAAUUACUUUUACUAUAUUGCCAGAGGUUACCAUCUUUCCAAUUUAAGUCUAAAAUUAUUAUGCAGUAGCAUGAUUUAUGUUUUAAUUCUUAUUUUUAGUUUGCAAAAUUUUAUUCAAUAUUUUUUUAACUUUUUAAUGUCUAAAUAAUUUUAACAUGUCUAUAAACGACCUUACAGACAGGGUCAAUUUAAGAUGCUUCUGAGUUUUUGUAUAAAAUUCUGUUUAAUUCAAUUGUUUCCCUACUGCUUUAAAUAUGUUGAAAAAAUCAUCAGAAGUAAAACAAAUUGGCCACUAUUCAUUUUAAAUAUCUUUUAAGCAGCAAUAAUAAAAUUUUAAAAAUUAUUCUAAAUAAUGGUAAGUGUAAUUAAAUUGCGUUGCGUUUACUAUAAGUGCUUUUUUUAUUAUGAUGCUACUUUAAAAUUUAAUAAGAUUUUAUUUAAUGUGUUUUAGAUGUUAUAAAAAAGGUCAUGUUGAAUUCUAUAUAUUGGUUUCUGUAAGUUUUUUUUGUAUAGCUGAUCUUUAAAUGAUGCAAAAGAAAUUAUGAAUUUUAUACAUAAAAGAUUAUGAUUUUGAAGUGAACAAUAAUGUCUCAUACACUUAAAAAUAAAUCAGGGAUUCUUCAUGUAUAAUUUUAGAAUUUUUUUUUUAAAUAAGAAUGUGUUGCCCUUUCUGCAUUCUAAUUUUAAAUAAUUGAUUUAAAAAUUAGAUAAUUUUUCUUAAAUGCUUGUUAUAGGUUUAAGCUUAAUUUUUUCUAAACAUUAAUCAUGAUUUAUGUUUAUUAAUACAUAUGAUAUUCAUAUUCUUCCUAUAGGCAUGAGAUUCUCGGAUUCACAAUUUUCCAAAUAUUGUAAUUUUCUCAAAACAAGGGAAAAAAGAAUUUCUUUUUUUGUUGUUGCAAUUUUAUGCUUGUUUUUACUUUAUAAAUCAGUUGGACUUUAGUUUUGUAUUGAUUUAAUUUAUUUAUACUAUUGUUAAGACCAGAACACUUAUAUUUUCAUAUUAAAUUGAGAAAUUAAUAUUUUAAUCUUGUACUGCAGAGGUGGGAAACCUUUUUCAAUUUUAGUAUGUUUGCUAGAUACCAAAUUUUGUUCAGACAAAUUAAUAUGUGCCGUGUAACUCACAUUAAAUCUAUGUAUAAAUAAUUGACUAUUGUUUAAUAAAUUAAAUUAACAUAAAUAAUGAAGAUCAGUGGCUUCCCAUAAUAUCAGAACUGAUGAAAGCACCAUGGUUUAAACAUCCCUGAUAUACUAUCUCAUAUUUUCUAUGUAACGAACAAUAUUUGAAAAAACGAUUUCAAGUUUAACACAGUUCUGGUAUAAGUUUUUAUUGUAAUGUUUUAUUUUUCACACAAAAGUAUUUUGUUUCAUUUAUUGAAUUUUCUAUUGGUUGAGUUUUUUUAUGCUGUAUAAAAAAAUUAUAUUUUUUCUGUUUUAAAAGUUUUUAGUUUAAAUGCUCAGUUUUUAUUGAAAACAAUGACAUUAGAGAGGCUUUUUUAAAUUUAUUUUUGACAAUUCUCAAAUCAUUUUACUAUUUUUUUACUGUAGUAAAUAAUUUUGUCAAAAAUAUUUUAUUAAAUACUUGUUAAUGCAUUUAAUUUUGAAAUUUUUAUACUCUUGCAUUUAGUUCUUUGCUCAAUUUCUCUGAAUGUGUUAUGUUUUUAUAUUCAAGAUUUUUUUUUAUGUUCUCUUUAUCUGGUAUUGUGCUAAGAUGAAAAAAUUACAUAUUUAAUAAAAUUUUUUUUUCUGCA